GUCCGUCCGCGCUCGGUGCGGUGUCUGGCCCAUAAGUAAGCGCUCAUCAAAUAGACGGGUUCUAAGCAUCCGCGGCGCUGGUGCCAUGGCAGCCCCCACCGUCCGGCUGCUGUCCGGCCGGCCGAUGCCCCUCCUGGGCCUGGGCACCUGGGCGUGCCCGCCGGGGGUCGUCCAGAAGGCGGUGGACGUGGCCCUGGACCACGGCUACCGGCACUUCGACUGCGCCUAUUUUUACCAAAACGCAGCGGCCGUCGGAGACGUCGUCCGCAGGAGAAUCGAGGAGCGGGGCGUGAGGCGGGAGGACCUAUUUAUUGUGAGCAAGCUGUGGAACAUCUUUCACCACCCCCGGGACGUGAGGCCGGCCUUCCUCAGCUCCCUGCGGAGCUGGAAGUUGGAUCACCUCGACCUCUACCUCAUGCACUCUCCCAUGGCCUUCCAGAACCGCGGCGGGGAGCUGCUGCCCUUGCAGGACGGGCUGAUACCGCAGGCCGACGUCGAUUACCUGGACACGUGGAAGGCCAUGGAGAGGCUGGUGGAGGAAGGUCUGGUGAGGGCCAUCGGCGUGUCCGAAUUCAACGUGGCCCAGCUGCAGAGGCUUCUGGGGGCCUGCUCCAUCCGGCCAGAAGUCAACCAGGCAAGACACGGCCCCCCAACGGUCCACCCUCCACUCCCCCGGAUGCCACUGGGUUUUAUUAAUAAUAAUGGCAACUGUUAAGCACU